AUGCUUAUAGAUUUAUGGUACAGAUUCAGCUUUAUAACGUAUGCGAAAUCCAUCGGUUCAAAUCGCAGCAAUGCCAAUACUAAUAAAAAUAAGGGUGAAUCCAGUCCCGGCAGUCACAAGAAGAUGAAACAAGUUGUUGUAGUACUUGUUGGUAAUUGGAAGGCUUAUUGCUUGACAGCUAACUUUAAACUUCCAAUUAUUUUUCCAGCACCAUUGACAUCCUUCCUAUCCAGCGCAAAGUCUCAAUCGAAAGAAGACCAAUCAACUAGUAAUGGUAACAUGACUGACCUGAGUGCACAUGAUGAAGGCUCAAUAACGUAUGCUUCCUCAAUGGACAAAUGUGAUCAAACUGAAUCCAAGGAUGACCUAAAAAUGGUACCUACUUCACCUAAUAGAAAACAAGAAACACCUUCAAAAAAAUGUGCUUCGCGUAUUUGCAUUGGUUUAUUCAGUUCCCCUGAAGUUGCUGUAGGGGUGGAAUCGAUCUCUGAUUGUAACUCACUCAAUAAAUUAUUAAAGGAAGAAUGUGCAUAUAGCACCAGUACUACAUCGAAAGAAAGUAGUGAAGACGAAGAUAGUGAUACAACACUGAAUCAAUGUCACAGCGUAGACUCACCUAAAAAACGCCAUGUGGAGAGCGACGACAAUAGUCAUUCCAGGAAAAAGAAGAUCAAAAAAGAUCCUGAAUCUGAUGAAAAGCAGAAACAGUUAAAAGAGCUAGAGCGUAAGAAAGCAAAAGAAGAAAAGCAACGAUUAAAAAAAGAGAAACGGUUGCAAAGAGAGGAAGAAAAAAAGCGAAUGAUAGAAGAAGAACGUCAGAAGAGGCGAGAGGAGAAGCGACGCCUAGCGGAAGAGAGGCUUUUAGAGCAGGAAGAAGAAAAGAAGCGAAAAAGUGAAGAGAAACGAAGGCAGCAAGAGAACAGGAAAGAAGCACUGCGACAAGAGAAGGAGCAAAAACUGAAGGAACGACAAGUUAUGCUAGAAAUAAAGCGUGAGCAGUUGGCGAAGGAGAAAGAGGAGAAACGCCUAGAAAGUGAUAGAAAAAAGAAAGAGAGACAAGAAGCCAAAGAUAAGUUAAUGGAAGAGAAAAGAAAGCAGAAGGAACAAGACAAGCUUGCUCGUCAACAAGAAAAAAGGAAAAAAGAGGAGGAAAAGCAAAAGGUUGAAAAUGAAGAGUUACGCAAGAAACAGAAGGAGCGUGACACAUUCGCCAAGUUUUUCAUCAAGGCACCGAAACCCGAAUCAACAAAGAUUGCACCAGCGCAAGGCCUGAAACAUUUUCCAGCUUUUGAGUUGAAACCAGGUAUGACGCUUGCGCCAACUGUUUCGUCUGCAAUACUGGAUCCAACGAAAUUUGAAGAAGAGUUACAGAAACAGGAUUUUGACAGAGAAUUGUCUAUCCAACAACUACGAAAUUCCAAAGGAAUUGUUUCGAAGAGUUUAAGAAGCAAUAAUAAAGACGCUAAUAGUGAUGACUAUCAUAUGGUUGCAAAACAUGCCACCAACGGACAGGUCUUUCUUGUUCGAAAUUCAAAGUCUUCGAAUACUUGUCAAGAAGCAGUGAUGGAAAUAACCGCAGCUGAGGAAGUACAAUUUAGACAUCAAGAAAUGGUAGCCAUUAAAUUUUUGCAAUUUCAUGACAAUUAUCGACCGGCGUAUUUCGGUACAUGGAGAAAAAGUUCGAAAACAAUUUCUCCAAGAAAUCCUUGGCGUAAAGAUGAGAAAUUAGUAAACUAUGAAUACGACAGUGAUGGAGAUUGGGAAGAAGAUGAUCCAGGAGAAAGCCUAUCUCAGAGUGAGAACGAAGCGGAAUCUGACGAAGAUGAAGAUGAUGAUGACGGAUUUUUUGUUCCGCAUGGAUACUUAUCUGCUGAUGAAGGUGUUUGCUCAGAUGAAAAUGACGGUGGUAAUGAAGGAAAAUCUCUCCAGCCUGUUACUAAAGCUAAGACUUGGGAAGCAGAUAUACAGCGAAAGUGUAAACAAUUACAGCCCUUAGUAAUAGGAUGCUCAUGGUCGAGUACAGGAAAAUCCCACUACCUCCUCGAGAAUUGUGCUUGUAAACCACUGCUCGAUUUUCCUAUUAAUCCAGAUUUUCAAGAUACAAAGUCAAUUAAGACAAGUGAAAAACAUACUAGCGAUCAAAGCAACACCAAAAAUGGAAAUAGUCCUGCAACUCGUCGUGGUAGGGGUGGUAAAGAGGGUAGAGUUCCAGAAGAAGCAUUGCCAGAUUUAAUAAAAUUGAUCCAUGGUAGUACAAAUAGCCUUCAGAGACUUAUCGAAGAAUUUAGAGACUUCUGGUAUAAAAAGCAAAGCGAAAAUGAGAUAAAAGCAGAUUUACAGCCUGAAAAUAGCUUAAAGGUUGCAUCGUCUGCAGCUAACUCUGACCUUGAUAGUCCUAAACGUAAAUCGGACGAGAUUUCAGGCUCUACUGAUAUUACAAGUAAUAGUAACCAGGUUUCACCUAGUCAUACUAGUGAGAUUGAAAGUUAUGCAAUUUCUAAAAGACAAAUAGAGGUUAAAAUUUUAUCGAUGGCUCAAAAGGAGCGCCGUGAUUCCGAUGUUAAAAUGCACUGGUAUGUUGAUGAUACUGUAUUAGAGUCCUUUGGACUGCUAGAAUGGUCACGAACUAGGGAUCGUACAAAUGAUGGUGACAACACACCAAGGGUAUACAUAAAAAAGAAAAAGCUUUAA